UGUUUUGUUCUUUUGUUUUCUUAUCAUGGAAUUUUCUUUAUCAAUCGGAUGUUCAGAAAUAGUUCAGAAUUUGGAAUUUUCUCAGAAAAAGUUGGUAUAAAUUGGAAUAAAAUCCCACUGAAUUGUAAUCGCAUACGUGAUUAGGAUCAUAAAGAGAAAUUUUAGUAUUUGGAAAAUGGAGAUUUGAACGGAUAUCAUUUGAUGAAGUCAUCGAUAACGUUUCAUAAUGUUGAAUAAUAUCGAAGAAAACUUCAUUUUCGAAUUUCUGGAAGAUUUUCCGGAACCGGAUUUGUUUUCCAUCGCUCUUAACAUCACUAAACAUAACAUUACACCUUCAAAUCGCCAAGAUGCGCUGAAAAUUAUUUGCCUGCAUUCCACUUGCGUUGAAACGGUCCUGGAAAAGAGAAAAAUCACGAAGAGCUACUUGUCUCAGUUUUUACAUAAGAAUCACAUACCAAUAACCGAUUCGUGGGAUAAACCUGCAUUAAUCAGAAAAGUAAUCGAACAUUGGAAUAUUAAGAAUCCGUUAGCGAGUAUCAAAAGUGAAAGUAAUCUUGAUCACGUUCAAAAUGCUUCCUCUAGUGGAAAUCCAUACAACGACAAUAUUCAAUCUCAGAUACCGGAUCACAACUCAUCGCAGGAAUAUUAUUAUCAAUUAGCGCGUCAAUUCAGCGAUUGGUACUACACGUUAAUUAACGACGAAAAUUUAUCGAAUCUUGGUCCAGAACAUUUCUUCACUGAUUCUCGAAUGAAACUUGAGUUACAAGAUAGACAUAGUACUGAUGUCACCGAAGCGACUAAUUCAACUGAUAUAGUUCAAGCUCUACGUGAUGUAAAAUUAAGAUAUAAUUUUAAAUUUUUACCGAAUCUAAAUCCGGACGCAAUUCGUUACAAUGCAGAUAUUCAUGGUCAAGUUAUGGUCAUGGUAGGAGGUACAUUACAUACUAAUGCUAGUCAAGUCGUUGGAUUAUUUGAACAGAUGUUUUUACUAAUCAGAGACCCUUCUGAUAAUAAUAAUUGGAAAGUGAAAAAUAGCAAAGUGAUGCUGAGAAGUUCAAAUGCCAUCGAGCAAGCACCCGCUCAAGCGUCGUCUGCUUUAGAAUUAUACUCGUGAUUUAUUUAUUAUUUGUUAAAAAGUAAAUUUUCAUUUGUAUUUUUUAAUUUUAUAAUCAAAUAAAUUAUUUAUUUAUUUAUUUAAUGGAACGAUUAUGUACGAUUUUCUUAUGUAAUCUCAUGUGCUUGCACGCGUACAAUCAGUUUGACAAUUUGUACUCCGGUGCCUUCACAUAUGAGUUUAAUGUAGAAGUAGAUAUUAAUUUAUUUCAAGUUCAUCACCGUAGUUGGGUAAUUAUUUUAGUGUUAUGAGAAAAUUGCUGUUUUUUUUGUACCCUAUCCUCGCGUAUUUUGAGUUUUAAGAACUUAUAUUUUUUAAAAUACAAUUUCGCAUCUGUAUGAAGUAAAGAUUUGAGUUUUGUU